GUCAUACUCCCGAACUACAUUAUGUGGACCCUAGGGAAAUCUUGAAGGACAGAGAUAGUGGAUGUUUCAAGGAUUUUUCAUAGUUCCAAACUGAAAUUGUGGUGAUCUUUUAAGACAGCUCCUUUUUUUUUCUUUUUUUUUCUUUUGAGAUAACUAAUAAGUAAAGAAGUCAGUGCAGAGGGAAACACUGCUGUAUCUUUGUUCUUUCUUGUUUCUAGAUAGUUCAUUUGAUCAAAAGACAAUAAUACUAAAACUUUUUUUAAAGAAAGUAUAACAAGAAGCUUUUUUUCUACUUUGUCGAGUCUGUUCGUAUUCAUGACUUUAUUGGCUGAUCAGAGAUUGGCUACAUAUGCUAAGAGGUUUAUAACUGGCUGGUUGUUAAAAAGUUAAAGUUUUUAGUAGUCUGGCAUCGUGUAUCUUACAAUUCUAUCUAGGGUCUGUCCUAAGAGUGUUAUGGGAGUAUGGAAUACUAGCCCCUUUUUAUUUAUAUUUCUUUGAAAAAACUUUGCCUUUCACUAGAAAACCAUCACACCUCUAUUGUUCUCAAGUAGGAAAGCUGAAUAACUAGAUUUUCCUGUUGAUGUGCGAGUUGGCACUUCUGUGAUCUUUCAUGAGUAACUUCAGUAUCUGUAAGUCUUACCAGUGAAAAUUCAUGCUACACUCAUGCUGCAGAUACUUGAAAAGGGGAGUUAAUGAUCAUGGAAGAGUGGCAAAUGAUGUUGAAACUGAACAAAUUGUGCUUGAUGAAGAAGCUGGCUCAUGCAAAGGAAAAAUGAGCUCUGUUGUUCAAAUGAGGGGCUCAAUUCCUCUUUUCUGGUCACAAGAAGCUUCAAGAUUCAGCCCAAAGCCAGAUAUAAUCUUACAAAGAUAUGAUCCUACUUAUGAAGCAACCAGAUUGCAUUUUGAAGAUCUUGCAAGGAGAUAUGGAAACCCAAUAAUCAUACUUAAUCUGAUCAAGUUGAGAAAAGGCCACGAGAAAUGAUGCUUAGACGCGAGUUU